AUGAAUUCCACUUAUACACAUGAAAUUUUUUGUCCUGAAAUUUUAGAAACUCAUUCAAUAAAUACUUUAUCUGAAGCUUUUGAACAACUUAAAUCAUUAUAUCAAAAUGAUGAUAAUAGUGAAUUUGAAAAUAAUCAAUCAGAAUCUAAUCCAAUUCCAGAAAAAA